UUCAUAUAGAGCGGCUCCAAUACAGUGGGCUCAGCUGGUAACAGUAUUAUUACCGAGUUUGCUGUUUCCAUCCGUCAAUCGUCCUGCUAGGCUGAACAGGUGCGGAGAGGAAGGGGGCAAUGGCAGUUUCAGCGAAUCCUGGUCCUCCAAUUAGGAAAAGCACACAUUACCACGUGAACAAAGCCGCUCUCUGAGUGAUAUGGGGACAGGCAGCUCGAGGAGCAGGGGAACGCACAUUUAACUGCGGGGACUGAAACCAAGCUAUUACGGUAGAGAUUCCCCACACAUCCUGAGACUAUUCCUGUGACCCUGGGCUGCAGAGGGACAGGAGGACCGUGUAGCACAAGGUGAGACAGAGGAAGUCCGGUCUGUAGUCUGGGGGGCUCGGUCAGAGGGGAGCGUAUGAGGAGUCAGAGAGCAGAGGAUACCCCUGAUCUGUCCUGAUAUCGCAGAGCCACAUCGGCAACGCACCUGAAAACUCACCCGGCAACGCACCUGGAAACUCACCCGAAAACUCACCCGGGUCACAAAGGGAGACAAACAAGGAGCCCCCACUCCUCCUGCAGGCAUGAGGUCCUUCCGUUCGUUCGGUAAUGAUGACCGUCACGUCAUGGCCAAGCACUCCUCCGUCUACCCAUCAUCGUCUGAGCUGGAGGCGGUCCAGGCCCUGGUGUCCACCGUGGAGGGUGCCCUCAAACACGUCUCUGAUUGGAUAGACCAGAGCAGCGUUCAAUCAGUGCAGAGCAACAGCCAGACAGACGCAGCAGUCGGCCAGACAGACGGUCAGUCCGACGCAGCAGCCGGCCAGCCCAACCCCACAGACAGCCCGGUGCCAAAGGAUGGUAGCUGUGACCAUGACGAUGACCUUAACCCUAACGACGACCCCAGUCUUAGUCCCAGAGCCAGCCCAGAUGACUCCACAGACGGCGGUAGCAGUGAGCCCAGUGGAGGUGUUCUGUGUGGCGUGAUGAGGAUCGGCCUGGUGGCUAAAGGUCUGCUCAUCAAACAGGACAUGGACCUGGAGCUGGUGCUGAUGUGUAGAGAGAAACCAACAGAGACACUGCUGUGUGCUGUCUGUGAUAACCUGCCGCUGCAGAUACAGAAGCUAACAGAGGAGAAGUACGAGGUGCACCGAUGCGUGCCAGAGGCGGCCAUCUUAGUGUGUUGCACGACAGAGCCCAAACUCACCCUGAAGGUCACCCUCAGCUCUCCACAGAUGAGAGAAGACAGCGACACAGAUGAACAAGGUACCACGGAUGAACAAGUGGAGGGUGUUGAGCUGUCCGACCCUGCAGACAUGCUGGACAGGCACAGAUGCCUGGUGGCCCUGGCGGCUCUGCGACAUGCCAAAUGGUUCCAGGCCAGAGUAAACGGCUUGAAGUCGUGUGUCAUCAUCCUCAGGAUCCUAAGAGACAUGAGCAAUAGACUGCCAGCCUGGGAGCCACUCAAAGGAUGGCCCCUGGAGCUGAUUUGUGAGAAGGCCAUAGCCACGUGUAACCGGCCGCUGGGUGCAGGGGAAGCCCUACGUAGAGUCAUGGAGUGUCUCGCCUCGGGAAUCCUGCUUCCAGGAGGACCAGGGUUACAUGACCCAUGUGAGAAGAAGCUGACCAACACCCUGGCGGCCAUGACAGACGAGGAGGCUGAGGCCAUCACCUACAAUGCACAGCAUGCCCUGAGACUGAUAGCGUUUGGUCAGAUCUACAAGGUGCUGGAGAUGGACCCUCUCCCCUCUAGUAAACCCCAGAAGUACCCCUGGUCAGACAGGGAUGGCUCUGGGCUUAAGAGGCCUUAUGAGGACGGGCCCACGGACGACAAAGACUUGAUCAAGAAAAUGAAGAGGAACCUGAGGAAAGUCCUCGACAGCAAAGCAAUAGACACCAACCAACCAAUGAAUGCUCUGAUGCGUCUGAAUCAGAUACGUCCAGGUCUGCAGUACAAGCUGCUGUCCCAGUCCGGCCCGGUCCACGCUCCUGUCUUUACCAUGUCUGUAGACGUAGACAGCACUGUGCACGAAGCCUCAGGCUCCUCCAAGAAAACCGCCAAGCUGCAUGUUGCUGUGAAGGUCCUUCAGGCGAUGGGUUACCCUACAGGGUUUGAUACGGACCUGGACUGCAGUGCAGACGAGAAGUCAGACGGAGAGGGGAGGAGUGAAUCGUCCACACACAGCAAUAACACAACACACUCAGACAGCUCAAAUACACUGGAGGUCCGAACUCAGGGUCCUAUUCUGACGGCCAGCGGUAAGAACCCCGUCAUGGAGCUCAAUGAGAAACGCAGAGGUCUGAAGUACGAGCUCAUAUCAGAGAGCGGGGGCAGCCAUGACAAACGCUUCGCCAUGGAGGUGGAGGUGGAUGGUCAGAAGUUCCGGGGGGCGGGGCCUAAUAAGAAGGUAGCGAAGGCAUCCGCUGCGUUGGCUGCUCUGGAGAAACUGUUCUCUGGUCCCAACGCCACCGCUAUCAAGAAGAAGAAGAUCAUCCCUCAACACUCUACAAAAUGUUCCCUAGCUGCAGCAGUGGCAGCCUCAGCAGUAGCAGCCCAGGUGGCCAGAGGGAGAGGUAGAGCAGCAGCCCUGACCAGUGGAGCCUUCAUUACCACAGCCACUGCACCAGGAUACACACAGAUACCAGGUGUGACAGGCUUCGGGACCCCAUAUGGAUACAGUGCUGCAGCCGCCCCAGCCUAUGGUGGUCUUUUCAUUGACAAUCCCUUUUACCAGCCUCGGACCAUCGCACCAUUUAUUAUUCAGUUGGGUCCUCAAGAUCUCUUCUCUGACUUCUAGAACCAUCAGGUUGUGUUGCUUCUAAACUAUCUGACAACAGUGCUGCUCCAGGCUUGCCCUUUGACCCAGCAGGCUGUCUGUCUGUCUCCCACCAUCAUUUACAGAGCCAGCGAGUGGUCAAACUGAACUCCUCUCACUCUGUUCUGUCUCCUCACGACCCAAAUCAAUAGAAACAAACCUAAAAAAGCAAUAUUUGAUUGGACUUUUUUUGAAUCUCAGCUGCUUCAAAACUAAAAGCUGAGGACCUUGAUCUUUGGGUCUUUUUCUUAGAUAGCAAUACGACACCUGAACUGUUUUGGCUUCAAGCUUACUUGAGAUGAUGUGAAUGUUCCAUUGAGUCUUACACAAGCACAGCGUUGCAAUAUAUCACUUCAAUUGUAUAUUCACUGAGUGUAUGUGUGCCUAUACAAUGGAAUAUAUGCAUUUAUAUGUCUGGUAUAAGUUUCUAUAAAUAUGUAUUACAUGUGUUGAUAUAAUUUAUGAUGUACAUAUGUAAAUAUAUGAUAUACUUAUUGUUGGUAUAAAUUAUUUUAGAAAGUUAUAUGUAAUCACAAUCCCACAAUAUAGAGACGUUCUUCUUCCAGGUUGAUGCACACUGAGAAAUGGACUUUACUCUAGUACUGGACAUGCAAUAUAAACCUGUUUCUUAAUUCACCUGUGCUUCUAGAAUAGCUUAGUGAUUUGUCCUUCCUUUCACCUCGAUGUCUUCUCGUCUGAGCCUUUCGCUAGCACGGCCUGGUCAGACGAGAGGCGCUCGCUCACUCAACCUUGUAAACCGACCGCCCUCUCUACCACACGUACACACGCACUUCCUGUGUGACACUACAAAAACACAACCUCCUGUUUACUUCCUGUCAGAAAGCACACUUUUCUCAGUGAAACAUUUCUCACAGCGUCACUGUCUCUCUGCUCACAGGGUAUCCUGCACUGCACCGUGCGCUUUGUCCUUUUAAUAAGCUGGGUGUGUUGGGCAGCUAGGGGAACUGAACACAGAAACCCCCUCCUAGACAGGACCGACCACGGUCCUCUGUCUCUCUGCUCACAGGGUAUCCUGCACUGCACCGUGCGCUUUGUCCUUUUAAUAAGCUGGGUGUGUUGGGCAGCUAGGGGAACUGAACACAGAAACCCCCUCCUAGACAGGACCGACCACGGUCCUCUGUCUCUCUGCUCACAGGGUAUCCUGCACUGCACCGUGCGCUUUGUCCUUUUAAUAAGCUGGGUGUGUUGGGCAGCUAGGGGAACUGAACACAGAAACCCCCUCCUAGACAGGACCAACCACGGUCCUCUGUCUCUCUCAUGCCUACAGCAUGAACGUGAGACCAAAAGCACAGUUCACAGUUUGUCUGCUUGUAAAGGUGAUGGGUGGCCCAGUUACUUUGAGUAAAGCAUGCUACGCAGACAAACCAACACACAGGGCUUGUUACUGUCAACUCAGUCGCAGACCAACCAGCCUUGUCACUAUGAAACAGUCCAACCACACAUUGAUUAAUGGCUACAUCUAAUUAUAAUGUAUACUCUGACAUUAUGUACAUUAAAUCUCUACUGUAUAAAGACAGUCAGGACCCAGUCAUUUCAUAACCCCCAGCUUUACAUGACCCUCUCUAGUUGAUAUAUUUAUAUACUAUAUACACUACCGGUCAAAAGUUUUAGAACACCUUCUCAUUCAAGGGUUUUAAUUUUUUGGUACUAUUUUCUACAUUGUAGACUAAUAGUGAAGACAUCAAAACUAUGAAAUAACACAUAUGGAAUCAUGUAGUAACCAAAAAAGUGUUAAACAACUCAAAAAAUAUUAAAAUAGCCACCCUUUGCCUUGACAGCUUUGCACACUCUUGGAAUUCUCUCAACCAGCUUCACCUGGAAAGCUUUUCCAACAGUCUUGAAGGAGUUCUCACAUAUGCUGAGCACUUGCUGGCUGCCUUUCCUUCACUCUGCGGUCUGACUCAUCCCAAACCAUCUCAAUUUGGUUUGAUUGUGGAGGCCAGGUCAUCUGAUGCAGCACUCCAUCACUCUCCUUCUUGGUCAAAUAUCCUUUACAGAGCCUGGAGCUGUGUUGGGUCAUUGUCCUGUUGAAAAACAAAUGAUAGUCCCACUUAGGCCAAACCAGAUGGGAUGGCAUAUCACUGCAGAAUGCUGUGGUAGCCAUGCUGGUUAAGUGUGCCUUGAUUUCUAAAUAAAUCAGUGUCACCAGCAAAGCACCCCCACACCAUCACACCUCCUCCAUGCUUCAUGGUGGGAAAUACACAUGUGGAGAUCAUCAAUUCACCCACACCGCAUAUCACAAAGACACUGCGGUUGGAACCAAAAAUCUCAAAUUUGGACUCUAGACCAAAGAACAAUUUUCCACCAGUCUAAUGUGCUUCUACACCUGCAUUGCUUGCUGUUUGGGGUUUUAGGCUGAGUUUCUGUACAGCACUUUGAGAUAUCAGCUGAUGUACGAAGGGCUAUAUAAAAUAAAUUUGAUUUGAUUUAAUGUCCAUUGCUCGUGUUUCUUAUCUCAAGCAAGUCUCUUCUUCUUAUUGGUGUCUUUAGUAGUGGUUUCUUUGCAGCAAUUUGACCAUGAAGGCCUGCUUCACACAGUCUCCUCUGAACAGUUAAUGUUGAGAUGUGACUGUUACUUGAACUCUGUGAAGCAUUUAUUUGGGCUGCAAUUUCUGAGGCUGGUAAUUCUAAUUAACUUGUCCUCUGCAGCAUAGGUAACUCUGGCUCUUCCUUUCCUAUGACAGUCCUCAUGAGAGUCAGUUUAAUCAUAGUGCUUGGUUUUUGCGACUGCACUUGAAGAAACUUUAAAAGUUCUUGAAAUUUUCCGUAUUGACUAACCUUCAUGUCUUAAAGUAAUGAUGCACUGUCGUUUCUCUUUGCUUAUUUGAGCUGUUCCUGCCAUAAUAUGGACUUGGUCUUUUACCAAAAAGGCCUCUCUUCUGUAUAUCCUCCCCCUUAUCACAACACAACUGAUUGGCUCAAACGCAAAUUAAUUUUUAACAAGGCACACCUGUUAAUUUAAAUGCAUUCCAGAUAACUACCUCAUGAAGCUGGUUGAGAGAAUGCCAAGCUGUCAUCAAGGCAAAGGGUGGAAGUUGAAGAAUCUCAAAUAUAAAAUAUAUUUUGAUUUGUUUAAACACUUUUUUGUUUACUACAUGUUUCCAUGUGUUAUUUCAUAGUUAUGAUGUCUUCACUAUUACUCUACAAUGUAAAAAAUAGUACAAAUAAAGAAAAGCCCUUGAAUGAGUAGGUGUUCUUAAACUUUGGACCGGUUGUGUAGUAUACUACACUACAUUGAUAUGUUAUAUCUAACUGAUCAGGUGAAACAAUAGUAAACUGAUAUGAGUUUGUGUGGGGUUAAGUUAGUGUAUGGUGGUGAUGAUGGUGAACUACAGUGCCCAGCAAGAUUAUCAACUCAGCCUCAAGGCCAUAUUACCUGGUAUUGACUAAGUGGGCAUCCUACUGUAUAACAGGAUAAAUCACUACAUUCGUCCCAUAUCAAGAUGAAUUACAAACUAUAGGAUCAGAUAAGGUAUAUUGUUUAAAAAAAUCUUAUUUAUAUAAAAGCUGCUAACAUAAUGUUCAAUCAACCACAAAUCAACAUUUUGCUAGUACAUUCUGUAAUAUCACUUUGUUAUCCUUAAAGUUGCACUAUGCAGAAAUCGCUCCUCCAUUUCCUGGAUGCUAAAACUAAUAUUUGGCCUAAUUUAACUCUAAUAGUUCACCCAAUUUCAGUGUAUUUGACAAAAUAAAUAUAGUAUAGUAUAUAGUAUAGAGAAUCAUUGUACCAUCUGAACUGCUGUGAAAUCUAUUUUCCAUAAUCAAAAAUAUUGUUGUUUCAGCUGUUGGAAGCUGGUGUACAAAACCAAAAGUACAAUACACAAAAACAAUGCUUAAGAACAGGAAGCAUAGAAAUAGCCCACAUAGAACAGAUCUACCGCUUAUUAGACUUGCUUUCAAGUAGAAUGGUAGAUCUAUGUCUCACAUUUCUAUGUGAAUUUGGUGGGGUUGUACAUAUUGCCACUUUAAAGUAAAUGCACUAGGCUGAUAUGAAUAUAUCCAUAACUAAAUGAUCUGACAACUGGCUAUUGCCUAGACAAUACACAUCCCAAAGGGAAUGCACGUUAUUGAAGCAUAGCUUUAUAGCAUUGGUUGGUGGGUCACAUCUUCACAUAUGGUAUGUAUGUAUGUAGCUUCAGUUGCUAAGAGCUUCUGAUGUUAGGUCCUCGCCACUCUUCUGGAUGUUCAACAUGACAGCCUUUAAAAAAUACAACUUCAGUCGGAAGGAAACGGAUCAACUAUUACAGAAUGUAACCUUACAUCAAAACCUUUGGUUCUUAUGCAUCUUCAUGGCAGUUUGAUCUUCAGAGUUUGUUAUUUUAAAUGUUUUUUAUUUUGUUUUUUUAAAUCAUGUGGGAAAAGUUAUUGAGCCUCAGUGUAAUUUUGAAGAUGAAUAACUUAAAUCAAUCUUUUAGGGCAGAAAUCCUGUUAGGUCUGAAUGACAUCAUGGGUAAGUUAUUGUUGAGUUAUACGCAUCACAGUUAUACGCAUCACAGUUAUACGCAUCACAGUUAUACGCAUCACAGUUAUACGCAUCACAGUUAUACGCAUCACAGUUAUACGCAUCACAGUUAUAC